AUGGGUGACUAUAAAAACAUAAAUUAUACAAAUAAUGAUAUCACUGAAAAGAAGGAAGUCUAUCAGAUUGAAAUUUCUCAAAAUGGAAAAUUUGCUGCUACAUUUGAUACGGCAAAUCUUCGGAUCAAAAUAUUGCAGAACACUGAUUAUCGUCCAUCUCAAUUCAAUAAGAAAAAGGUUAAUUCUAACAAUAAGAAUGAAUUUGAAACAAUCGCUCAUUUCAAAAUAAAAGAUGAUUUUACUAUUGAAAAGUUUUACAAAACAGACUCAAAAGAUAACGAUCAUACUGAAAAAAAUGAAACAAAAGCAUCUGAAUUAUAUAAAAAAGUAGAAGCAGCUUCUUCAGACAGUAACGAAACAACAGCAAAUAACGAGAAAAAAGGUGAUGAUCAAUUUAGAUGGUCUUUUGAUAUAUCGAAUAUGCACAAGAAUGAUGACAAGUACAUUGUUCUCGUCGCCAUAUCUCACACAAAAGUUGAUGAGGAUAUGAAAGAGACAAAGAAGGAAAAAGAUGAUAAAAAAUCUGAUUAUACAAGAGGAUAUCUUUGUAAAAAAAAAUUUAAACCAAUUGACGAACGUAUAUUACAAAGUAAAAAUACAACAAUUAUUAUAUCACAAGGAUCUAUAAGUGCCAUACCACUCAAUGAAAGUAAUAAAGGAACCGCUAUUUAUCGUAUUGAACUAAAAAAGGAGGAUGGAAAUGUGGAGGAGGAAAAUUACAUUCUUAGUGCUGUGACUUGUUAUUAUUCUAGUAACAUUUCAGGAAUAUGUAAUUUUGUGGAGGUUUUGAAUAAAGAUAAUUCAAAACAACAAUUAUACGAUUCUGAACUAAAAAGAUUUAUGAUAUUGAAUUUUCAUGGGAUAUAUAAUUUUGAAUUUAACGAUCAUUUUGAUUUUUUUAAUUUGAAUGAAAAAUUUGAAUAUCCGCAAAAUAUUAGACAUGAAUUAGAUAAUUGGUAUACAUUUAAGCGAUAUAAUGACUGCAUGAGGAGAUUUCUUUCGUGUAUUUGCGAUAAAUAUUUUUUGAUUGCACGAUAUAAAAAUGGCGCGCAAUCGCUUGAAGUUUAUAAUCUGGAAAAAAUGGAACAUGUAACUGAUGCAAAACUAAUUGAAAAUACCGUGGAUCGAUAUAAUAAUUAUAUAUUUUCGGUUAGUAUGUUACAAUUUUGUUUUGCUCAAAUUAAUAUUAUCAAAUUAUUUUAUAUUGAAAAUGGAUUACAAAUCGCAUCAAAAAAAUUUAAUGAAAUAGAAAGAAUACAUCUAUUAGAAUUUAUUGAUAGUGAUGAAAAACUGUUUAUUAUAGGUGAAGAUUCGAAAAAAAAGAUUAAAGUUAUAAUUUGGGAUUUAUAUAAUACCGGCAAAUAUGAAUUAAUGGAGUUAAUGGAGUUAGACGAUUUUUCAAUUAAUAUAGAUGAUAUUUACACUCAUUUAGCCAUAACUUCGGGAAAUAUUUUAUAUGUCGAUGAUAAAGGAAAAGUUUCAUCGGUCCUUAAAAAAGUUGAAAAUAAAAUAAAGGAUAAAGAAGAUAAAAAGAAUAUCGAUAAAUUGGCAACUCGUACUACAGAUAAAGUUGAAAAUAAAAUAAAGCAUAAAGAAGAUAAAAAGAAUAACGAUAAUAACAAAACACUUGAAUUUACAAAUUUGGUUUAUAGAGAAACAUGUGUGUUUAGUGGUUGCGGAAAUGAAUAUGAAUGCCUAUACUAUAAAAAAAAUGGAACUGAAGAAGAAAUUUUAGGACUUAUUGUUGGUAGAUACACUGUUCAAAUUUGGCAUCAAAUCAGAGAUGAUAGUAAAAACAAAGAUGAUCUUCCUAACAAUGGAGAACCAUUUCUUGAAUAUAUAUGGUCAAAUCGUAUUCCAGUAAACCAAGAAAGGGAAAGAACAAAACUACGAAUUGAAAAUUUUAAAUGUGAAAUGAAUGACGGACCACAUGAUGAACUAAAUUUUCGUUUAAAGAUUUUUUGGUUUGAGAGAAAUGAUAGUUCAAAACCGGAAGAAUAUACAAAAAUGACAGAGCACGAAAUAAUAAAGGAAGAAGACGAUGAAAUAAAUUUUAUAGAAAAUAAAUUAAACCAGAUUAAUGAAUAUAAUGACCUAGAAGAGAAAGAGAGAAAAAGACAAGAAAUAAUAGUAAAGAAUUGUGUAAAGGUAAAAAUACGAGAAAAAGUAAUUCAACGAAAAGAUAUUAUUAAAAAAUCUCAUGCAGUAAGACACGCUUGCAAAGCAUUAGAACAUCUAAAAAAGCUACAUAAGAGUAAAAAUAUUACAGAUAAUUAUAUAUAUGAGGAGAUGGUUAAUUAUAUUGAACAUAUAAUUUGGAGAUUUGCUAAAUAUGAACCAGAAAAUUUUAGAUUACUAGAUGUUCGAUAUAAUCUUAUGAAAAGAUUAAUACUUUGUGACUGCGAUCGUUUAAUAAAAUUUAUAUUAUUUGGAGAUGAAGAAACCGCCGAAAAUAAAAUUGAUUAUAGACAUGUACCAAGCAAUAAAUCAUGGCCAGGAAAAGUGUUUUUAAAAGAUGAUGAUCUUGACUUCGACAAAAGAAAAGAUGGGCUAAAAGAAAAUAAAAGAAUCAAGCUAGAAAAUAAUAUGGAACUAGCAAUUUAUCAUUUUAGAGGCCGUGAACUUAAAGAUGCAAUUAUUGUUGCAUAUCUUUUGGAAUAUUAUUCUAGAAAUCCAACAAAUUGUGUGGAUUGGAUGUGUACUGUUUCUAAGGCAAUUCCUUUAUUAUUUGAAUAUAAUUAUGACGAUUUUGCCAAAAAGUUAUUUGUUAGAUGUUUUGCAGAUCAGUGUGACUUUUCAAGCCAAGAUCCUGAUGAAAUUAUUCCAAAAGAAUACCUAGAAAGUCACAAUAGUGAUAACAAAUUUAGAGCAUUCAGAACUAUGGUUAAACUUCUGAAGUCUGAUAAGUGUGAUAAAUAUAAGUGGUACAAUGAUUGGAUUCGUGCUAAAUUGAUAUCUUUUAAAACCAAAAUAUUUAAAAAUUAUGGAAGCUUCGAAAAGUCACCAUUAGCUUUACGUGUAGUUCCAUUUCCCGGCUUUACUAUAAACAGCAUUAAAAAGCAAAAAAGAGAGUAUAACUUUUUUGAAUUCAUUUCAAAUAUUAUUUUAUUUUUAUUUAUACCACGAUGGCACCGAGUCAAUCGAGAUGAAAAUUUUAUAUCUUCGUUUAAAAUCAGGUUUAUUCUACUUAGAGAUCCUAAAAACAUGAAAAUUAAAGAUUCUACAUAUAGUGGAAAUGUUACUAAUUCAUCAACGAAUGAGACACUUAAUAUUAAACUUAAGCCUGAUUUUGAUCCAGCAUCUAGUGAUAAUCCAUUUUCGUCUUUUAUUACGGCAGUAGAAGCUGCAUAUUUUUGGAUUAAUGGCAAUUGGGUUCAAAAAGAUAAAUUUGAUUUUUGGGCAGUUGAUUUAUUAACUUUGUUUGCUAGUAUAUUCCUCGUAAUUAUCUUACAAAAUAUCUUGAUUGCUUUUAUGAAUGGUGUAUAUUUAACAGCAGGAGCUAAAGGUAAACAAAGAUUAUUAAGAUAUCGAGCAAGUUGCAUAGUUUGUUUUGAAGGAUUAUAUCAUAUUCGUUUUUGGAAUCCUGAGCCUGAACCAAAAUACAUUCAUUAUUUUAGUCAAGCCAAAAUUUUUGGAGAAUGGUAUAAUACAAGAAAAGAUUAUGACAAGAAUCCUAUUUAUAAGGGUUUUGAAGGAAUGUCUAAAUUUAAAAGACGUGUUUACAAGGAAAUGGAUUAUGAUAAAUUUUCAAUUCUGAAAUAUUGGAAUAAUAAUAAAAAUACUAAAAUUAUAGAAGAUUUUAAAAAUGUAAGUAAUGGCUUUAAUGAUAGUAUUGAAAAUUUAAUUAAAAGAAAUGAAGGCAAAAGUUCAAUUGAUGAAUUCGAAGAAAUUUAUGAAGUCAAAAAUACGUUAGAAGUUGAAGUUAAAAAAUUUCAACUUAAAUUAGAGAAAUUGAGAAAUUUAAAAUUGUAUGAAAGUUGA